AAUCAGCUGUUGAGGCAACUGCUGCCGACUACCUCGGAACAAGGGUUGGUCUUACUCAUUUCGAACAGAAAUACUAUUUAUCUCCCGAGUCCCAUAAGGGUGAAAGAUAAAGCUCCUCAAACCAUGCAGGAUGAUUUACUGAUGGACAAAAACACCGCCCAGGCUCACCAGACGCAGAUAGACCCUCCUCCCUCCUCCUCCACACCGACCCCGUUAUCGGAGCCCUCGUCGUCUUCAUCGGGGUCGGAGAGCCCGUCGGCCGGCAGCAGCCUAGCGGCAUCCGCGCUGAGCAGCCGCACGACGGACGAAGCGUCGAUGGAGUCGCCGAUCCUCCCCGGGUUGGACUUCCACCAGCAGGCGCAGGACACCGGCGGACCCCUUCACUCCCCUCCCUCGUCUUUCGGAAGCACUUGGUCCACGGGAAGCACCAACGAUGAUGUAUUUUUCCAAGGAAUACCUUCCGUGAACGGCACGAUGCUGUUCCAGAACUUCCCCCAUCACGUCAACACGAUCUUCGGGGGGAAUUACUCCUCGCAAGUGGGCCUCGCCCCCCCGUCUCAACCACCGGUGCAGCAGCCCCAGCAGAGAAGAUCUCCCCUCAGCCCCAGCCAGGGCCUCUUCCCCCAGAGAAACGCUUAUCAGACCGCCAUGAACGCCGCGAAGGGGCCGUCUGCCUCAGCGUCGUCGCCGGCGUGGAAUAAUCACCAGAAUGCGGCGUGGAGCACCGGCUCCAACCCUUGGAGCGUGCUGCAGGCAGGCAGGGACCCACGUAGAGCGGGCGUCGGGAUAGGAGUUCCAUCUCCUAUGAACCCCAUAUCCCCGAUGAAAAAGCCCUACGGCAGCAAUGUCAUUGCACCCCCAAAAUUCCCAAGACCUGGCCCACUAACCUCCAAGGCCUGGAAUGAGGACGGUGCCUUCAGGACGGACAACAGCAACAUACUGCCUUUCCAGGACCGGAAUCGGCCCUUUGAUGCGUUUAGCUUGCACUCUUUGGAGAAUUCCUUAAUGGAUAUGAUAAGGACUGACCACGACAAAGGUAAAGCUCACCUUGCUGACGGCCCACCAGUGACUAUCGCAGAUAUUAUAUGGAGGAAUCAUUUUGCAGGACGUAUGGGUAUUAACUUUCAUCAUCCUGGAGUCGACCACAUAAUGCCACUGAGCACCCGGAGCUUUGGCCGCAGAAGAGGUCGUUCCUACCUAUUUCCCUUUGAAGAUGGCUUCCUUGACGAUGGCCAUGGUGACCCCUCCUUCACCCCAGGCAUGAACUCCCCAACCCAUUGCCAAAAUGGAGAGAGGAUGGAACGCUACUCCAGGAAGGUCUUUGUUGGUGGCCUACCCCCUGAUAUAGACGAAGAUGAGAUCACCAACAGUUUCCGUCGCUAUGGACACCUGGUGGUAGACUGGCCCCACAAAGCAGAGAGCAAAUCCUACUUCCCGCCUAAAGGUUAUGCCUUCCUGCUGUUCCAAGAAGAGACUUCUGUUCAAGCCUUGAUUGACGCCUGUAUCGAGGAGGAUGGCAAGCUCUAUCUUUGUGUGUCCAGUCCUACUAUCAAAGACAAGCCUGUCCAGAUCCGUCCGUGGAACCUGAGUGACAGUGAUUUUGUCAUGGAUGGCUCCCAGCCGUUGGACCCCCGUAAGACUAUCUUUGUAGGGGGGGUUCCAAGGCCCUUGCGUGCAGUGGAGCUGGCCAUGAUCAUGGACCGUCUGUAUGGCGGCGUUUGCUACGCUGGAAUCGACACAGAUCCGGAACUCAAGUACCCGAAGGGAGCCGGUCGCGUGGCCUUCUCCAACCAGCAGAGCUACAUCGCCGCCAUCAGCGCUCGCUUUGUUCAGCUGCAGCACAAUGACAUCGACAAAAGGGUGGAGGUGAAGCCAUAUGUCCUUGACGACCAGAUGUGCGACGAGUGCCAGGGCGCGCGCUGCGGCGGCAAGUUCGCCCCCUUCUUCUGUGCCAACGUCACAUGUCUGCAGUACUACUGCGAGUACUGCUGGGCCAGCAUUCACUCGCGCGCGGGCCGAGAGUUCCACAAGCCGCUGGUGAAGGAGGGAGGCGACCGCCCGCGACACGUGUCCUUCCGCUGGAGCUGAACGCCGGAGGGCAUCCCCAAUAAAUGACGUCAUCGCCUCCAUCCACCUGACGAGAACCCCCCCCCCCCCCCCCCCCCGCCUCCUGUCCCCCGUGAUGAGCGUUCUGGGAAGUCGUAUGUUAGAUUUUUGCACUUUGGCACACCACCUCAAUCAUACAUGCACACACGCACCCAGUGUCACGUGACUCCUGGGCGGCGAGGUCCUGCUGAAACCCCCCCCCACCCGCUCCCCAACCCCGCCCCCACCCUUCAUAACACAGAGGUGGGACCAUCUGAAUAUUUUAGGGAAAAAAAAAAAAAGUGUUCAUUAUUAUUUUGUACCUAUCCAAUUAAUAUAUGGAUGAUUUCAAUUAUAUGUAAGGAAAGAAAAAAAAAGAAGCAUGCACUUAUUUUGAAAAGCUAAAGCUAUACAGUCCCAUAGAGACACCAAAGGCAAUGUUAAAGAAGGCGUUGAGAAAGUAGGUGGAAUUAGAUGUAGCAUCGCUAACUCUGAAUGACAAUAACACUUGAAUAUAUAUUUUUAAUAAUAAUUCCUCCUACACACAACCGGAUGAGUUCAUUUCUACAGCUUUAUUUUUCAAACUUUUAAAAAAAAAAUGUAAUUCUGCAAUGGCCGUGCUGCUACUUUGUUGGUAUGAUCCAAUACAACAAAGUACAAAACAAAAAUGAUGGCGGCGCAGCCACUUUUAAUCCUCCCCCGUGGCAAAACAACUCGUUAGUGAGACAAUCUUUAGGAAGGCGAUAUCAAGACUUUGUGCUGCGGGCCCCAAGUAACUGCUCUUUUGUUGUGAACUAUCAUGUGCAGGGUCGCUGUUGUUGAAAGUCCAUCCUGUUCAUCGUCUGCUGGCAGAACAACUCGUUAGUGCUCACUCUUCCAGUGGAAUGAGACAAUGUUUGGGGGAGCCAUGCCAGGACGGUGUAAGUGGUCUAGAGAUGAUACAAACAAGCUCCUCUGUUAACAGUCUCGCUCUACUUUGGCAUACAGUGCAUCCAGAAAGUAUUCACACCGCUUCAUUUUUUCCACAUUUUGGUACGACAGUCUAAUUCCAAAAUGGAAUUAAUACAUGUUUGUUCUCAACAUUCUACAUACAAUACCCCAUAAUGACAAUGUAAAAAGUUUUUAAUUUGCAAAUGUAUUAAAAAUAACAAAAUCACAUGUACAUAAGUAUUCACACCCUUUGCUCAAUACUUUGUUGAUGCACCCUUGACAGAAAUUACAACCUCAAGUCUUUUUUUAAUACGAUGCCACACAUUUUUGGGCAGUUUCGCCCAUUCCGCUUUGCGGCACCUCUCAAGCUCCACCAGGUUGGAUGAAAAGUGUGGGUUUUCAUCCAGGAUGUCUCAGUACCCUGCUGCAUUCAUCUUUCCCUCUAUCCUUUCAGGUGCUUUUUGGCAAACUGCCCAAAGAUAGGUGUGCCAAGUGUGUGGCAUCAUAUUCACAAAUACUUGAGGCUGUAAUUGCUGCCAAAGGUGCAUCAACAAAGUAUUGAGCAAAGGGUGGGAAUAUUUAUCAGAAUCUGAAUCAGAAGUGCUUUUAUUAAUCUCCGAGGGGAAAUGAAGAUUUUCAGCACAAUCCCAUUCGAGAGCAGACAAACAUUACAGGGAGACAGAGCAGGAUCGCUGACGGGUCUGCCAACUUCUGGCUUCCUUUGCAAAAAAGGUGAGAAACGGGUAAACGCUGGGGAAAAGGGGUGUGAGAAGAAAAUAAAAUCAGUCUAAGCCUGGGCCCCUGGAGAGGGGGUCCAGACUGAGGCCAAGGAAGAAGAAGAAAAAGUACAUGUAUGUAUAUACAGUAUGUACUUGAUUCCAUUUUGGAAUAAGGCUGUCACAUAACAAAAUGUGGAAAAGUGAAACGCUGGGAAUACUUUACAGGUGCAUUGUAGCUGGCUUCUUCUGUCCACAAUUUGGACACCGUCCUCUAACGAGUCUUGAAGAAAGUUACUUCAGGCCCAAAGCAAAGCAAACAUCCUGACAUGUCUCCCCUAAAGAUGCUCUCAUUCCAAGGGAAGGGUCACCGCAUCAGCAAGUGUUUUGCCACCAGAAGGGUGGUCAAGAUUCUGUAACGCAGGAUAGUCUUUCACCUGUCACACCGAGCAACAACAGCAAUCCUAUUGUGGACACACACACACAGCGAAAAACUCCAACAAAAAGAAGAGUCCAAUUUGCAGACAAACUGAAGUUCUCAUUUGCAGCAAUUGUUGAUAGAAUUUUGCAAUUUGUUUUUUGUUACAGAAUAUGACUACAACUGUUAUUCGCUUUCGUAGAUGUCCUUUAAGGUGUCAUCCCAAGGACACGUGUACACACAACUUUCGAUUCAUUAGGACACUAAAAAAGUGUUUGUUGUUUAACAACAAACACCUUUUUAGUCCCAUAACUCAACCAAAGAUGCUGCCGAGCCGUCAUACUCCCACCCACACGGGGGCGCUGCUGCGUGUGUAGGAGGUGCAAUCUUUUAGAGGCAGCAUGGAUGAAAUUAAAAAGCUUCUGCAAAUAUUGCCAAUCGAUCCAAUACUGAAAAUGUUUGUUUAAUUUGUUGAUUCUAAUUCGAUUUAGUAACUAAACCGAACAAAUAAGUUGUAUCAACAAACCCAUGUUAUGACAUAUCACAGCAAUUCCAACUCAAUCAACCACGUGCAAAAUAAAACUGCAAGAAUGUAUUUCGUUAUAUAUAAAUCCUGUCUUUUUGCCCGACACUUUAGUUUCAUAAAUAAUAUUUCAGUAUAACAAAAAGUGAAAAUCAAAAGAUUGGAUCCACCCACCCUUGUUCUCUCUAUAUAUAUACACACCAUAUAAGUAUAUAUAUAUAUAUACGCGUGUGUGUAAAUUGGGGUUACCUAAUGCAUCCACGUUUAUUUUGUCCUGCAAAGCUUGAAGUAACAGACCUGCUAACAAUAUUUGUGUUUUGUUUUGUAUGAGAUUGUGGACAAUCCAAGUGGAUGAGUUUGUGAGCAGCACAUCCUUUAGUCGCUAACUGGUGUUUUUUUGUUAAAUAUCCGUGUUUGUUUAUUGUCACGUACAUAAAAAAGCAGGAUAUAUAUUUUUUACUGAUACAAGACUUUAAUAAAUUAAAAAAAGAGGCUAAACAUAAGUAUCCCAAUGAAAGUGAAUUAUGGGUGUUUGGUUUCUUUUCUCCACCCAGGCAGGUUUUUAUGCUAGUCCACUCAAUAGGAUAUUUUGUUAUGCACUACUACUUUGUCAGCAGCAACACAAAACCAUAUUGCUUUAUGACUGACACGUGAUCUUUUUGCAAUACCUCAAUUUUGAAAUGCUAUUUUUUAACUAAGUUUAUCCAGAUGAUUAAAAAAUAUAUAUUAAUUUAAUUCCUCAAGAGAAAUUAUUUAACAGAUUUUUUUUUGCUUUAAGAUUUAUUUUUUAAAAUGGAGUGAGCUUUAUAAUGCAAACAGUGUGAGAGUACAUUACUACUGUAACAGUAUGGUUUUAGUAGAGAGUAAUUAACAUGGAAGAAAAUGUAACUUUUACCCCCACCUUUUGUAUCUUUUUUUUCUCCUAGAAAUACAUGCUCCUGUGUUUUUGUUUAGUAUUUUUAACCCUGACAUGUUAGGUUGGCCUCACUUGUAGUUUUGAGUGAAUCUUAUUUGAUUAAACAAAGCAGCAUGAAAGCCCCCAACCCAAGGUGCAUCAACAGACUGGUGGCCUUCUCACAACACUUGAAUUUAUUGGGUUUUAUUUUCUAAAGGUAGAACUGUUAUGUGCAAUACUGUUUGUACUGUUUGUAGAAAAGAAAACGGCAUAAAUCUUACUGCAGCAUUAUUUUCAUUGCAUUGUGAUUCACAAAAGCAUCUUUUCUACUGUACCCGCUUGUUUGUUUCUUCCAGUAGUAUGUAGCCUUUGUACUGAGAACUUUUUUCAUUAUUUUUGCAUUAAAAAAAAUAAAAAUAAAAUAACUUUCAUGUUUAAUUUUACAUUUGCUUCACAGAUUUCCCAACCUUAAUGGAGGAGACUUUCAUGUAUUUUGUACUUUUACUUGAGUAAAUUCAUUCUAUGAUCUUUCAAAUCUUUUUUUAUAUUUUACUUUUGGUUUUUGAAGCUGGUAAAUGUCAUCUAAAGUGUCUGGAUUCUUAAAAAUGCUUUGUGUCAGCUGGCUUAUCAGUGUGGAAAAUCAUAUGUAGUAAUUACACAAGAUUUGGGCUUGAUGUUAAAAGUGAGCUCCAAUGUAAAAGAAAUAAAAAAUAAAAACGACAGGAGCAUAUACAUUAGUUGCUGCUCCUCUUCUUACUGCUGACACAGCAUAACUUUGUAGUGCUCUUACUCACCUGUCCUGUCUCAUGUGACUGUAUUUAAGUGUGCAAGUAUAAAUAGAGCUUCACUGCAUAUCAGUAUUUUUAUGACUUGUAUAAAUCCUAAUAACUCACAGGAUGAUUUGUCAUUGAACGGUAAUUUUUUGUUCAUACCAUAACUCAGGCUGGAGUUGUAUUUCGGAAAAUAUUAAGACAUCCAGUCCUCUUGCAUCGCCAUACAAGUAUAAGCAGGUUUGUCUUCUCUCUCGAUAUAUUUAUAUCGUAUAUAAAUAUAUACAAACACAAUAUACAUAUACCGGUACACACAUACAUAGUAUAUACACACUAUCUUUUUUUUAUGAAGACAACGUGCAACUAAUCUGAAGGUAAGCAUCAUACAUGAAUCUGAAAAUGUACAUUACACACACUUUUGUGUCAGUUAUGGCAGACUGUUUUUAUUUCCUAUGAAAGGAUGAGCACACUGGUUGUAUUUUUUUAAACUAUUAUUUGCAUUCACCAAUCAAAUUGUGAGGAUUCCGAGAUUGAUUUUUACAAAUCCGACUCGGCAUUCAUUACUUCUGUAAUAACAAAUGUUAAUGUACGACACUUUCAUUUCUUUGUGUGGCCAACUUAACACUAUUAAAGUAUUUAAACUACUGUGUGUGUGACCACUAUGCUUUCAAAUGUGUUAAGCUGCACAAAAACACACUAAUAAUGUUGCAUGUAGCUCAAAAAGGUACGUAGAAUUUAUUACAAUUCCACCUUCAUAAACAAAAGCAGCCAUUAUAGAAAUAUGUACAUGUCCAUUCUUUUUAAAACACUUGUCACAAGUUGGAGAAAGUUAUUUCAGCCUUGUUUUUUGUGGGCCAUUUGAAACAACUAAAAAGGUAGCGCCAUCUAGUGGAUGGGACUCUUGUGACAGUACUGAUGUGACAACAUGGAGCUCAUUAUGUUGUGGUGUGCCCGAAUGAAACUUCUGAUCUGCGUGACAAUAAUUGUUGUGCUUCUAGAAAUGGCAAUGAAGUCAUGU